GACUCGCACAAUGAAACUCUUUCGAUUCUUUUGAAAUUUCAAAAUUUCAGUUUUCGUUUGCUAUGUUGUUGAAAAUUGUUGAAUUUUAAUGUUUGCAUUUUUCCAAGACCUUUGUAGUGUACUCAAUUUCAACUUUCAAAUUGCAUUUUUGGAUGCAGGGUGUCAGAUAUGCCUCAAAAAUGCGAAAAUUUAUCACUCCAAAGGUGCGAAUUACGAACGGUCACUUCGCCCCUGGAAAAAAACUCAAAAUACCUAGGUAAGUAUACAUUAAUGUCUAUAUAGAUGGGUGUUUUAAAAUGCCUCAAGGUAAUGUUUGCGUGUUCGGUGUUAUAGACUCUCAAGUCUUUCAACUACACGAGACUCCGCAUGAAGUGGUUGAUAAGAAAAUUUUUAUUAUCUAACUUAUUAAUACAUAUCUUACUGUUGUUUCUGAGUUUAGUUAAGUUGAGUACCUACGUAUAGGUAGGUAACAUUUGACAAUUAUUGAAUGUAGGUACUUUGAGAUUGGCAUAACGCAAAAUCGUUGGGUUUUUCAUCAUCAACUUUCCAAGUUGCGUUUAUUUUCAACUAUGAAGUAUUAUUUAAUGACAAUUUGUUUUUUGUUUAUUUCUGUUCAUUGUUCUCCUCGCGUGAAAACCGAAAAUGGCGGUCUGAUUGGAACUACCUAUACUUUAUCUAACGGACGAAUGGUAUAUAUAUGCUUUUUUAGGCGUGCCUUUCGCUACUCCUCCAACCGGACGUCUUAGAUUCGAGGAACCUAAACCAUUGAAACGCUGGUUCGGUUAUAGAAAUGCAACGAAACCGAGUCCAUAUUGCGUGCAAUUAAGCCGUACACCAAUAUCGACGGAAUUGAUCGGUCAAGAAGACUGUCUUUAUAUGAAUAUUUACACUCCUCGACUCUCAAAUGAUAACGAAGAUAAAGAGUUGAUGAACGUGUUGUUUUACAUUUACGGAGGAGGGUUCUCGGGUGGAAGUUGCAGCCGGAUAGUUCCUGAUUACAUUUUACAAGAUGAGAACAUUGUAUUUGUUUCUUCAAACUAUCGCGCGGGCUUUUUAGGAUUUUUCACCAGUGGUGAUGAAGUAAUUCCAGGAAAUAACGGAUUAAAAGAUACAGUUGAAGCUUUACGAUGGGUUCAGAAGAAUAUUCAUCAUUUUGGCGGUGAUCCGUCCAAAGUUACUAUUUAUGGUACAUCAUCGGGUGCUGCUAGCGUACAAUACUUGUUACUGUCUUCUUCAAGCAAAGGAUUAUUCCAUAAUGCUGUCUCAUCUUCUUGCGCUACAUUGACACCGUGGGCACGCCCAAGAAUGAAAACAAUAGAAAACUCUGCCAUCCUAGCAUCAUCUUUACACUGUCCAACUUUCGAUUCUCAUUUGAUGAUGUUGUGUUUGAAAAGGAAGCCAAUUGAAAAAUUAUACGAAGCUUCGAUACAAUUUUACGAGGAUCUAACGCCUUUUGGUCCAGUUAUCGAACCUAAAAGCAAUAGCGCAUUCAUGCAUGAACACCCAUACGACAUGCUGAAAAAAGGACUCGUAGCAGAUAUUCCUUGGAUGAUUGGUUUCGUUGAGAAGGAAGGUUCUCAGGCGACAAUGAGUUGUGAUACAGAUUUUUUAUUUUAUGAAGUGCUAUCAGAAAUUUUGUUCUCAUUGAAUCAUGAUAACUUACGUUGUUUUUCAGAAUUUCUCUCCAACGAUACUGAAAUUAAAGAACUCAAUGAUAAAUGGAACGACAUGGCUCCAGGGUUACUUUAUUACGAUGAUAUAAAUUCUGCGCGUCGGCGAGAUAAUAUCAGUAUUGCGGUGAGAAAGCAUUAUUUUGGAGAUAAAAUCAUAACUAAUCGAACAGCCAAAGAAAUUUUUCAGAUGUUUGGCGACAGAGUAUUUCACAAUGGAAUGAUCAAAUCUACAAAAUUAAUCCGUUCUGCCGUUUCUAAAAACAUUUUCUGUUAUAAACUUUACUACAGAGGUACAGGUUCUCACUGUGAUCACCACUCAAAUCCAAUAAAAAGGAAUUAUGGGGUCUGUCAUGGUGAUGACCACCCGAUGUGCAAAAACGUUGACACAAUGUGUCUGCUGUGUCCGCGGAUUUGUGACUGCUUGUGUCUGUUUAAACCGGUUUUUUUCAGACACAUUAUGUCCGUUUUUUAUGUUUCCCCUUCGGCAAACGUGUAGGCAAAAUAUUCCACCACAGUAUGUAUGUAGUUCUCAUUUAUGUAGCCUAACAAAAGAAAAUAUUCUUUUGUUUGGGACUACAAUAACAAUAAGAUGAAUUCCAUCCCAAAACCUAUAGCCUGUAGAUACAGUAAACUGUUUAGGGUAGUUGCACAGAAAUGUAUAGUGACAGAACCGGUUUUCUCCGUGCAUCUACUCUCUCUUGGAUGUUUAUGUUGGUCACUGCCUCCUCUACCCCGCGUGUAAGGGAUGUUUCUCAUCUUCAUUUAUAAGAGUACACCACUGAUGAAGGUUUAGAAAUUAGUAUCGAAGUGUGCAUACAUGCCAAUCGAGCCUCAUUCAAGGAGAUAAUUUUUUUUAUCAAUUUUGAGUAAUUUAUUCCCCCAAAAAUAUAUAUGUUGUGUACCAAGUCCGAAAUUGUACAAUUCGGGGUUGGUACAGCUAAUUUUGUACCAUCUCCGAAGUGUCCGGACCAAGUGCGAAUAUUACUUUUUCAUCGGACUUGGUUUGUACCAUGCCCGGAGGGUCCGGACAAAGUGUUCGACUUGGUACAAUUUGUGUUGUGCAAAGUCCGAAAUAUAGUUUUAUAACGAAUGAAUUCGAAUUUUACAUCCCUUUAUUCCAUAAAUAUUGAACCAAAUAAAAGGAAAUUUAAAGAUGACUCUAAAAUACACCACCAGCAAAGUUUUCAGGUGCUGAAAUUCAUUUGUUGAUUUUUGGGAAAUUUUUAAAGACUGUCUAUUUUCAACUUCUUGAGUAGUGAAAUUCUCGUACCUUACUCAUUUGAAAACUAUGCACUAAAUACUUAGAUUCCAAAUUCAUUUUUUCAUGGAUUUUUCAAAGUCAAAAUUUUACCAAAUUGUAGUGAAAGGCUGAAAUUUGGAUUUUACCAUAUAUUUUCUGAGUUUAUAGCUGAUUUCUCCAAUAAUUUUUUAAAAAAUUUAAAAAAAAUUGGAUUUGAACUGAUACAAAAUGGUUUUGAAAAAAUCGAUCGAAAAGGUCAUAAAGAUCAAUGGCUAAUCCGGCUUUAUGCUGAAUUUUAAUUUUACUCUAAAUACUUAUGUACAAUUUACAAGUAUAAAAAAAUUGCAAAAAUCGAGAUGAAAACGCUUCAAAAUUUUUGCUGGUAGUGUAUUUUAGAGUCAUCUUUAAAUUUCCUUUUAUUUGGUUUAAUAUUUAUGGAAUAAAGGGAUGUAAAAUUCGAAUUCAUUCGUUAUAAAACUAUAUUUCGGACUUUGCACAACACAAAUUGUACCAAGUCGAACACUUUGUCCGGACCCUCCGGGCAUGGUACAAACCAAGUCCGAUGAAAAAGUAAUGUUCACGCUUGGUCCGGACACUUCGGAGAUGGUACAAAAUUGGCUGUACCAACCCCGAAUUGUACAAUUUCGGACUUGGUACACAACAUAUAUAUGUGUAGCAAAUAAUUUUUCAAAUUUAUUGAGGUGUGUUUGAGCAGCGUGUGAUGCGUUUAUGAGAAUGAAAUACAUAUUUUUUUAAAAAAUAAAAAAAUAAAAUUAUGGGGUUCCUGACAAAAAUUAAAAUUAUAGUGUGCUGAACACCAGUGGCAUGUGGGGGGCAGGUUAUUAGACACAAAAAAAUCGAAAUAUUGUGUUAUUUCUCGAAAAUUCUUCAAAAUGACUGAAUAUGUUAUUGGGAAAAGGCAAAUCACCAGAGCACAAUAAUUUAGUACCUAGCUGUGUUCAGAAAAAAUGAAAAAUUUGCACUUUUCAAAUGGUUUGAAUAGGUACAAAGAAUGUUUCUGGAAUUUUCCUUUCAAUUUUUUAAUUUUAGAAUUUUGAAAAUUUUCGAGAGGAAUAUCUUGAAUAGCCUAUGUGAAGCGAGUGAAAAGUUUUGAAAAAUUUGUGAUUACGAAAACAAUGAGCAACUUAUACAUUUGACAUUGCUAUACUCAUACUCGUACCAUGUAGCAUAGUACUCGUAUAGGCAACUAUUCCAUCAGCAAGCGGUCACAUUGUGUCUGUUUUUCACAACAUAAUGGGUAUUGUUCUGAAAACAGACACAGAAUGUCCGUUUUACUGGACUUGUAUACCGUUGUGUCUGUUUUUUACGGACACACUUGCACAUCGGGCAAUUCUAUCUCAUUAGUUUUGCCAACACCAUCCAUUACGAUGAAAACGCAAAAUCUAAAAUUGAUUCAGAUAUGGUGAAUUUAUAUACGAAAAGUAUUAUCGCGUUCAUGAAAACUGGGUAAUUUUGAUUGAUUAAGUACUCACUACUUACCUACUUGGUAAUAAUUUCAAAUGUGUAAUGCAAUCAUAAUGAAAUUCAAUCUUAUCACCUGCUAGCUGUUGUUCAAUUCACACUUGAAAGCUCUUUGUUUUACGGAUAGGUAGAUAGGUACUAACGUACUUGUACAUUUCUUGUUUCGGUUCUCAGAAACCCGAGUACUGCAGACAUGGAAUGGCAACCUAUAUCAAAGACUGGCGCGAUAGAUUGUUUAAAUAUUUAUUCGUAUUCUCAUCAAAAAAUGGAAGAUAUUGAAAAUACAAGUAGUAGCGAAUUUUGGAACGAUGUAUUACAGUCAGAAUAUUAGAAAUGAAGAUGGAAAAAUUUUCGCGCGUAUCAAGUGAGUAGAAUUGAAAAGGAGUCGAUUUAAAUGACUAAACCUAUUUAUGUAUAAUUUUGACGAAAUAUCACAACCAUCGUAAAAAAAAUUAUGAAUUAGUCAAGUAUGUACGUGACUAGCACCUCAAUAAAAUCCAAGCCAGAUUAAUCAUUUUUCAUUUUCGUUUCAAAAAGUUACAAUUUGUUUGAGUUGAGUGUUUGCGUAAGAUUUACAUCAUUUUAUAAAUUCUUUCAAUUCGCUGGCCUUUGGUUCAUUUUCAGCUCGUUGUCGUUUCAAGUCAACUUUAAUACAUAACGUGGCUACAACCGCUAUGAUGUUCAAUACGAUCAUUACGAUAUUAGAGAUCAGGUCACCAUAAAUCUUGAUCAUGUAACCAUAUGCAACGGUUGUUAUUAACGAAAACAAUGCGCCGGAAAGGAAAGUAAUCGUCGUUGAAAUUUCUUCAUGUAUAGGAUACGUGAGUUCUAUUCCUAAUUGCAUUCCGCUGGAAUAAUAUCCUGUUACAAAAAAUCUGUAAACGGUUUCCUCAAAUUAGAGUACUGAGAUCGAAGGGUAUUGGUAUAGGUAUUUAAUUUAUAAUCUUUGCUCGAGUAAUUAUACAAUAAGUCAUUCAUGCUCACCCAAUGAGUAGUGCGGCAGCGUAUACGAAUAAAACAUUGCCAGAUUUCAGAGACCAUGUGAAUGCAAUCAUCGAAAUAGUCGUACAAAUAGUUAAUACUAUAGAGUAUUCUCUGUAAUUGAAGUACACUUUAUUAUUAGUCUAUUUCAAAAUGAGUUGAUACUGAUAAGUGAUAGGAAUAAACACUAAACAGUA